AUGAUGAGCAAAUCCGGGAAGCUACGAUCGUUGAUCAGAGAGAUUGAGAGCAAGUACAAAUCUGAUCAACAAUCCUCGAAGUUUGCUGGUUCCAAGUAUGUGGAGCUCCUCAAGGCUGAGAUUGCUAACAUCGACAAGGAGUAUGACGCUUGCAGUGAAACAUGGUGCAAAGGGGAGAGCGACGGCGCUCGGCCUGGACAAGCUGCUCGUGGAAUCUCCAGUCGCAUCGGCGAAGGUGACCAGUCAAUGCCAAAGGAACCGACAUGGCAAACACCUAAGAUGAAUCUGGAGAAAACAACAUGCAGUGCAAAGAAGCCGGUUGGAGAGGCGGCGGAACAAACAAUGAACGCAGAACAGGAGUUGGAGAAUGUGGGCAAGUAUACAACUCAAGCACCAUUGUUGGACAACUUAUCUUCAAUCGAGUUCAAGAUCCCAAAAGCAGGGUUAUCUGCCGGUGGCAUCCUUCGGCAUGCCAAAAGUGUCCUGGAGAGUUUGUUUGCCAAGCACUCCCCUAUGAUAUGGAAGGUUGGUUAUUCCCACAAUGUUGCUUGGCGCUGGGGAAACACCCUCUACGGCUAUCAACACGCUCCUGAGAAGUGGUCGAACAUGAUUGUGCUGUUUGAGACAAGCGAGCCCUAUGGCCCUGCAAUGUUGGAAGCGGCGCUAAUUGAUCUUUAUCGAGGCUAUCCUGGCUGCAAAAACAUCAGAAAUGGUGGCGACACUGUGAAACCAUCUCUUACAUCGGGCAAUGAAGCUUUCAGCACGUACGUAGUGUACAGAAGUUUCAAAUACCCACCUCCCAUCCCACCACUUCGGCGCAAAGCUGUCGACUUGGCCUCAUGCGCGGCGGCUAUCAGCACUGCGCGGGAAAUAGUCGCUGAUAUUGGCGAAGCGGCUGCGUCCCGCUCUGGCGGGCUCCUAGAAAUAGCCCGAUGCCAUGAAACCCAUACUGAACGAGACACUCACAGAGUCCUUGUGAAGAAACUCCGCCUAGCUUUGGACAUCAAAAGAUCUAGAUUGGCCACGACAGGCCCUGAUGUCAGCAUCCCUUUGUUGAGACUGAGAGACUGGUUUGCAUUUCUUUUGAAGCACAACUGUUCCCACAUGCUUGCCGGGCUUGUCCGGCCAGACAGUCGCAGGGAAAGCGCUAUACUUUGCCGCUUCUGGGCCCUGUACAAAACAUGGGACCCAGAACAUGAAAUUUUUGCAAAAGAAGCUCGGGGUGAGGUGAGCUUUAGCAGCUGCGUACCGCUGUGCUUUCAUGGCGAUGAGGGUAGAUCUCGGAAACACAGUCCGUUCAUGAUCCUCAGCUUCUAUUCAAUGCUUGGGCGUGGUCUAUGCGUUGAAAAACGGCAAAGGAGAAAUGCAACUUUGAAGCGCUACUUGAAGUUGAAACCAAACUUCAAAGGCCACAGCUACUCGUCCAGGUUCAUGUUUGCAGCAUUGAGGAAACGGGACUAUACGGGCGCGAACGAGCAUGUUUGGGAAUCAGUGCUUGAGGCUGCCGCAGAAGAAAGUUCAUUUCUUUGCAACACUGGUGUCCAGGAUGCUUCAGGCAAAACAUACUCGGGCGUACUCCUGGCCAUAGUCGGUGACUGGCCUUUCUUGCAUAAGAGUGGCUCAUUCAAAAGGAGCUUCAACAAUAUACAGAAGCGGAUAAAUCAAAGGUCUGAGCCGGUAGGCAUAUGCCACCUAUGCCGUGCAGGUCAACGAGAUGUCGAGUUCGAACAGAUUGCAACUCGAAGACCCAAAUGGGUCGAAACCCUUCAUGAGGAAGACCCAUUUGAAAUCCCCAGCCCGUUCAUCAACGUCGCGCACAGUCCAGGGAAGCUGGCGGCCCUUUGGUGCUACGACGUUUUCCAUACAUGGCAUCUUGGUGUAGCCAAGAACUUCUUGGGCUCGGUCCUGGCAUUGAUGUCAGAACAGUUUCCACAAGGAAACAUAGAGCAACGCUUCGAAGCUUUGACAGACAUGUAUCGUGCUUGGUGCAACCGCACCAAGCGCCGCUGCCACGUCUUCAAGAUUACCAAGGAGCUUCUUCAGUGGACGUCGUUGCGAGAGUUUCCAACUGGCAGUUGGCACAAGGGCGCCCUUUCAACAGUGUUGAUGGAAUUUGUCGAAUGGCGAUUCCAACACGAGAGAUUUGCCAAUGAGCCACUCCUGGCACAGGCUGCAGAAGCUUGCUUUGCCAUACAGAAUGCCAUACGAGGUAUGUACAUGGGUGAUCUUUGGCUGAGCCCAGCUGAAAGUCUGCAUGUGGCUGAGAACGGAUUUCGGUUUCUGAGACGCUAUGCAGCGUUGGCAGCACAGGCAGCAAGGCAAGGACGCAGUCAUUUUGUUUUGCAACCAAAAAUUCAUAUCAUCCCGCACUGGAUGGUCGCUUUGCACAAAGCCGGGACAAAUGGCAAAGCUGCACUCAACCCAAUUGGCAUGAGCUGCCAACAGAAUGAGGAUUUCAUUGGGCGCGGAUCGCGUCUUAGUAGAAAAGUCACAGCGAGAGGUCCUGUCUUAGACAGAGUCUUAGAUCGCUAUUUGCAAGCUGCAUACUCAAAGUGGGUAGCGUGUGGAUAUUUGGUGAGACCAGGGUGA